CGUGUCAUCACAAUUCGCUUAUUAGGUUUUCUUUUCCCCAAAUCAAAUAUGCGGGAACAGAAGAAACAGAAUUGAGGGCCACGGGAUCAAAGCUCCGCCCGCCAGUCAUGACCGCCGGCGCCGGCAGAACGCCGACUGGACAGUAAACUACUUGCUUUCGCUGCUUAUACUUCAACCAAUCAAAACUCGUGCCGGUAACGUUUCCUGUUUCUCAUCUAAUUUUAUCUGUCAAUAAACCCAAAGAGACGAAUCUUUCUCACUCGCUGUUCAAAACCCAACUCCCGGAAUUCCAUGAACUGAUUGGGAUUUCCGAUUCUGUGAAAACACCCCCUUCAGCUUUGAUUCUGAGCUUACUUUUCCCAGCGGGUCUUUGAUUGUUCGUGAAUGGGAUUGCCUGCCGCUUCUGUGAAUUAGUUCUGCCCUAAAUCGCCAUGGUAAUUUCCCCAAACAAGCUGCACGAAUCAACAGGACAAUCGAACGAAGAGGAUUCAACCCAACAACAGCGACCAUCGAUCUUAACCAAUUUAUCUGGGAUCACAGCGCCUAUGCUUGUCUACGAGAAAAGGAAGCUUUCUCAACCAUCAACCAUCGCCAAUGCCUCUGAGAUUACAGCGCCUGUUCAUGUGUAUAAGAGAAGGAAGCUUCGCCAACCAUCAAGCAGCACCAAUGUAUCGGAGAUUACAGCGCCUAUGCAUGUGUAUAAGAGAAGGAAGCUUCCCCAACUAUCAGACAACACCAAUGUGUCUGCGCCUAUCCAUGUCUGCAAACGAAGGAAGCUUUGGCAGCCAUCAACCAGCACCAAUGUCUCGGAGAUUACGGCGCCUAUGCUUUGCUACAAAAGAAGGAAGCUCUUACAAGGAUCACCUAUGGCUAAUGUAUCUAAGAUUACAGACCCUACCCUUGUCUACAAAAGAAGGAAGAUUACCCAACCAUCCUCUAUGCUUGUCUACAAUAGAAGGAAGGUGAAAAGAGGGAAGAACUCUUUCCGUUCUACCCUUAGUCAUAGUGUCAAUGAUAGCUGCUCUUGCUCACCAUCAAUAUCAAAUGUGGACUUCAAUUCGGCAUGGCUAAGUAAAGAAGGGGAAGAUGAUACAGCUGAGAGUUCUUCUUCAUCUGCAUCUGGGAGGGAUAUAUGCCUUUCAAUUCUUGUAAGGCAUGGAGUGAUCAAAGAAGUUUUGCCUUGUAGGGCUUCUGGUCCCAGGAUAGGAAUUGGUGGCAUGGGUUGUAGGCGGUGCAGGGUUUGUUCUCGUUCAGAUUCCACAAACAGGAUGCUGCUUUGUGAUGAUUGUGAGGCGGCAUUUCACUUAUCUUGCAUCAAUCCUAGGAUAAGUGUAGUUCCUGUAGAUGAGUGGUUUUGCCAUUCAUGUUUGACGAAGAAGAAACCGAAGGUGUGGAAGGAAGCUGCUGAAUGUGCUUAUAUUAUUGAUGGAGUGAAGGGAUCUUUGAGAUCUGUGUCUGCAAGCGGACCGUCUCCUAUUGACUUGAUGCUGAGUGAUGAUGAGCCAUAUGCUAGCCAUGCUCGUAUUGGUAAAAGGUUUCAAGCUGAAGUUCCAGACUGGUCAGGUCCAGUUUUGUAGUAUGUAUCAAGUCUGAUUUUGUCAAUCACAAGGGAAAGUGUGGUCAGAAUGCCUGUCCUUUGUAUGCAAGGAACCAUUUUGCUUCUUCUUCUUUCACCUUUUUAGCUGGAUUGAAGAUAAAUAGAAUACCAGAUAUGAUAGUUUAACAUGUAGUAACUUUGUUGGUCGAUUUCUUCAAUGGAUAUAAGUGUCUUUUGCUUUCCAUGUUUCUCAUGUAUCUUCUUCCGAUGGAAUGAACAUCAAUUUCUCAUGUACCUCUAUAUCUUUCUCUAUUGUUUUUCAUAUAGGUCAGUUAUUGUUUUUCCAGAAUUAGACAGUGUAACUCUAGAAUCUUCUGUUUAAGCGCAGUCCUUGCUGAGAGAAGUCGUAGUUUCAUAGUUAUGUAAUGAAUGUUGGCUGCAGUG